AUGUGCGGAGAACAUGCCGAGGCGGGGCUGCAGACAGUACGGGCUUCCUGUACACCCAGGGCCAUGUCAACGAACCGUCAAAUGGCAGCCAUGAUGGCAUCGCCACGCCCAGCAGCCGGCAGUAGUAGCAUCCCGGCGGCUCCCCACGGCGGCAACAGCGCGGCACUACACGCCAACGACCCUGCUUCCCGGCACCCCGUCUUUUUCACAUCGAGGCAGUGGCGGCCGGUUCUCGGCAGCGCCGUCCCGUCCGCUCAGCAGCACAGCCCGGUGGCACAAGGUUUCAUAUUCCAGGACUCGCUGCGGCAGGGCGGCGGCCCCAUGUCACCCAGGCUAUGA